GCAGUGACGCCCCUUCCUUUUUGACCUCGCUCUCUGUAACAUGGCGCCGAAAAGACCUCAGCCUGUAGGGAAGAAGAGCAGGAAAGGAGCUUCAUGGAAGUUCACGCUGGACUGCACGCACCCUGUGGAGGACGGGAUCCUCGACUCGGCUAACUUUGAGACGUUCCUCAGAGAGAGGGUCAAGGUUAACGGCAAAACCGGGAAUCUGGGGAAUGUGGUGCAGAUCGCUCGGCAGAGGAACAAGAUCAGCGUCUCGUCAGAUAAACAGUUCUCUAAGAGGUAUCUGAAAUACCUGACUAAGAAAUACCUGAAGAAGAAUAAUCUGCGGGACUGGCUGCGUGUGGUGGCGUCCGAUAAAGAGACGUACGAACUGCGAUACUUCCAGAUCAGUCAGGACGAGGAGGAGUCCGAGACAGAUGAGUGAAGCCACUGUUUGGCGACGGGAGGAAGAGGAUGAUCAUACAGCAAAUCUCAUCCUCUGUAUGGAGUUUCAUGAAGAUUUUGAUAAUAAAUCUUUGAUUUACAUUAAAA